AACGAGAUGUUGCUUCCCGUCUCCUUCUUCCGCAGUAUAUGAUAGACCAGAAGACGAAGAAGAGUCCAAGAACCGAAGGAAGGCAUGGACGACUGCAGGCCUCUGGGGUUCUUGAUAGGAUUGCCCUUCGCCGUCCUCGCGUUGGCGCUGUCGCUCGUCGGAGCUGUGGUGUGGAUACUUGGGACCAUUCUCAGUUGCCUGUGCCCUUGCUGCAUCUGCUUCUCCGGCCUGGCCAACCUGGCGGUGGCUCUCAUCAAGGCGCCGGUCAACGUCAUCCGAUGGUUCGUCCGUCAGAUUCCCUGCUGACCGUCUACCCAGCUUUCAUCUCUUUCUUUCUUUCUUUCUUGAUGAUUGUUUCUUUUAGCAAAGAUGAUCGAUGGAUUUGGUGACUGUGAACUGCUCUCAUUCUUGCAAUAGAUUGCGUUUGUGUUUGAUGGA